AUUCGUGUGAGUGCAUGCGUACCACCGACUAAGCUAACAGGCUAGCAGCGGAGGGUUCGCCAUCAGCGGGAGGCGGAAAAGACCGCAGGAGGCAGUGAGGGGAAACUUAAAAUCGAGGAACCGACUCUUGCCAGGCGAACGCUUAAAACACUGGGAGGAACUACCCGUUUGGCUGUAAAAUGUCCGAUUUCGACAGCAACCCGUUCGCAGACCCGGACUUCAACAAUCCUUUCCAGGAUCCCUCGGUGACACAGGUUACCCGAUCUGCUCCUCCUGGUGGUCUAGAGGAAUACAACCCCUUCACAGACGCCAGAACGGCCGCCCCUGGAAAUGCCCCCAAAUCUACUCCAGCACCUGCGCAGAACACACAGCCUGCCAUCAUGAAGCCCACAGAAGAGCCCCCAGCCUACUCGCAGCAACAAACACAGGACCAGGCACGUGCUCAGGCCGAGUUGCUGAGAAGGCAGGAAGAGUUGGAGAAGAAAGCAGCUGAGCUUGACCGCAGGGAGAGAGAGCUGCAGUCGCAUGGAGGUGCGGGUCGUAAAAACAACUGGCCUCCUCUGCCUGAGAAGUUUCCUGUAGGGCCGUGUUUCUACCACGACAUUGCAGUAGACAUACCUAUCGAGUUCCAGAAGACUGUGAAGAUCAUGUACAACCUCUGGAUGUUCCACGCAGGCACGCUCUUUGUGAACAUGUUUGGCUGCCUAGCCUGGUUCUGUGUGGAUCCAAGCCACGGUGUGGACUUUGGCCUGGCCAUGCUAUGGUUCCUGCUCUUUACACCCUGUUCCUUUGUCUGCUGGUACAGACCGCUUUACGGGGCUUUCAGGAGCGACAGUUCUUUCCGCUUCUUCGUCUUCUUCUUUGUCUACAUCUGCCAGUUUGGGGUUCACGUGCUGCAAACUAUCGGCAUCACUGGUUGGGGCACAUGUGGCUGGAUCACGGCUCUAAUGGGUCUGAACACCAGCAUCCCAGUAGGCAUCAUCAUGUUACUCAUUGCUGCGCUCUUCACGACACUGUCUGUGGGCUCGCUCAUCAUGUUUAAAAAGGUGCAUGCGCUGUAUCGUACCACCGGUGCCAGCUUUGAGAAGGCUCAGCAGGAGUUCGCCACAGGCGUCAUGUCCAACAAGACGGUUCAGACUGCAGCUGCCAACGCCGCGGCAAACGCCGCGUCCAACGCCGCCCGGGGGGCCUUCAAAGCUCAUCCGUAAACACUCAUACUGACACACACGCCCAUUAGCCAACUCUCUCACACACACUCUGGAUGCACAAAUCUGGCCUUGUGAAAUCACCCGAUUUUGCUCAUGUUGCUCCGCUGACAGUGAUUGGCUCUUGUGCAUCCCCACCCAAAGUCCAAACUUUAAAAGCCCCCUUACCUGCAUUGUGUGCCCAAAACAUCCCCCACGAGUCAUGCUUUGUCAUCGCACACGCUGUCCUCCCCUUGAGGCGUUACUGGAAUCGCAACCCCCCUACCUAACUCACCUUAAAUGAUCACCUUCUUCACUCAUCAUGGUAGCUAAUCCAUUCAGAGCGCUUUGUCUCCCUGCAGGGGGCGGGGUGAACGUGUCUAAGAGAAGUGAUCUGCAUGUCCCACUGGUUGUUUAGUGAAUGGACACACCCCAUGAAAGGGAUGAAUACAGAAUGUGUGUGCGCGUGCGUGUGUGUGUGUGUGUGUGUGUGUGUGUGUGUGCGUUACAAUCAUAUGUCUUCGUAGCUCGUCACAAAAACCUAAAGCUGCUAUGAAUCUGGACGUGGCCUCUUGCUGUUUUAUGUUUUUUUCCCAUUAUUGGGUUACAGCAAACAGGCCUUAUUAAAGAGGAGGGGAGGGAGGCUAAGAGGUAUAUGACCCACCUUGAUAAACACGUGUGAAAUGGUCAAAUUGUACCAAAAAAAGUGUUAAAUGAUUGGCAUGUGACCUGUAGUAGCCCAAAUGACUGAUAACAGGUAGGACAGAUGAUGUCCACACAAAGACAAUAGUGUUCAAUUGUACAGGCUGUCAUUAGUACCCCCUAGCGGUGAGGAGCGCGCAUGGCAAGUUGUUAAUGUUGCAAAUGUUGGACCCAUGUUGACUGGAAUAUACUUCUGCAAGUGUUGAAUGCUAAUCACGACAAAACUAACCAGAGUAUGUCUUCUCUGUUUGGAAUUUUGAUAGCACAUUUCUGGUUUUAUGUUAGUUGUUAUUUAUGGCAUAAUUUAAGUUCUAUUUUACAUGAUGUGUUACAUGUGUGUUUGUGGUCAGCAUCAGAUAGUGACAAGGAAGCUUUGGAUGAUUUGCGUGAAAGAUUCAAAAACAACAAAAAAAUCCCUCAAGUGUUAUUCUACUGUAUGUCCUCAAAAGCUGUGAGAAAUGUACCAAAUGUCCAUCUCGAUAUAUAUUUUUUUUUAGUUUGUAAUAUUAUAUUAUGAAACUACUUUUACUACACGAUAUGACAGUUGAUGGCUCCACACGCCCUCUCUUUAUUUGUGUAUUUUGCAAGCCGGUCUACACGACAGAAUGUUUCUGAACCACAUCAAUAUGAAAGUGUUUUUGACCGGUGGCCAUGUCAGUUCACUGAAUGAGAAACGUGACAGUAAUUUAAGAGGAAUACUGUACUUGUAUAUUUUGUAAAGAUGAUCAUUUGAUUCCCCAUGACUGAGUCGCGUGUAAAAAGAACAUUUAAUGCACUAUCGUCUGGCCUUUGUCGCAUGUGAAAUAGUUUUCAGUUUUGUAUAUUUAUGGUAUUAACAUGGAAUAAAGAUUUGAAAAAGACAUUUGUCC